CUCCUCCCUUGAUCUUUAUUGUUCUCCCUAUCUUUCCCGCGCUUCAUGCUGGCCAUGAAUUGCCUAUUCUUAUAGCCUUAAGCCACUGCGCGAGCCGUUAGCAGCCGGGCCUGUAAUAGUACCACAAGAACGGCCCUCGUAUCGUCUUAUUUGGUAGCACAAGACCUGGGCACAAUGCAAUCUUCCUCGCCACCACCGCAGACACCCACGCUGCAGCGACCAGAUCCCCUCGACGGCUCCGACUCAGACACAUCGCAGGUCACGACGCUGCAGCGCCGCUCUCCCUUGCCCCCGCGCCCCGCAGCGAAGUCAUCCGCGACCCCCCCAGAGAACUCAGGCUCAACCCUCAACUACUCGCGGCCCACUGCACCUCCCCGCCCCCAAGACCCGAAAGACCCCCCCCUUCGCGCUGACGACUAUGCGACACAGAGUCACAUCGGCCCCCAGCUAGGCCAUCGUCCCAGACAGCGCUCACAAGGUUACUUUGAGCCCAGCCUACCCACGUCCACACAGUCUAAUAUGAAUAUACACGCCGCCUCGCUCACGGCGUCCCAGAUCGCUGCGCAGACGGCCAUGCACAGCCAGACCUCGCAGCACAUGAGGAAGCGCUCGACCACGAUACCCGAGCCGGGCAGCAAUGCGGGGCCCCCAGGCCAGCGCCAACCCUCGAGUCCCCCUCCCACGUCAGGCGGGCACACCGUCACUUUUAGGACUAACGGGAUGACGUAUCAGAACGGUAUCGUAGGAGGAAACAGGAUGGCCGCCACAACAGCUGCGAACGUUGCAUUUCCAAGGAGUCCGCUGCACUCGCCUGGCAUUCCCCAGCCCCAGGAGCAUGGCUCGCCGAAGCUGUCCUCAACGCCAGAGCCGCCGCAAUCGCAGAAGCCUGUCAAGGAGAAGAGCAAGAUGAAGCUCUUCUCGAAGCCGAAGAAUAUCAGUAUUGCGAAGGAUAGGGACUUUGAUAAGAAGCACCAAGCACUGCCGUCGCCCGGAAAGAUGGGCAUUGGCAUUCACAGCUCGCAGGCCCCCAAUCGCUUGAUGAUGAACCAGUCGACAACGAGCUUGGUCGAGUCGUCUAUCAGCAGCAACGCUUCCCUAUACUCCUCGGCCAACGGAUCCACCUCAACUUUGGUACCGCGGACAGAUACAUACCAGCCGCAGGAGAAAGAGAAGGAGAAACACAAGCACCACUUCCUAUCCCGCCAAAAGCAUAAGCUCAAAGACAAGGACGACCACAAUCUUCCCCUGUCCUCUGCAAGCAGCAAUUCGCGGCCGGUAGAUCCCAACGCCCCGCAGCCGUUGUAUUCCUUCGCAGCUCCCGCUUCCCCAGGCCACGCGAGCACAUUCGCCCAGUCCGUGACGGGACUAGAUCUCAGACAUGGCGGUCGUCAUCUGAGACAGAAGAAAAAGGAAGAAAAGGCUGCUGCAUACCUCGAUGUGGGGCUCGACCCCCCAUUCCGGGAGCGAAAUCAGUCUUUCAGUACCGAGCGCUCUGAGUGGCCCACCACGGGUAGUCUGGGGUCCACACCAGGGGCAGGUUUAGGGCCAUCGCCAGGCACAGCACUUGCGUAUUCAAACGACACUAUGAUGAAUCUUGGAAACUCGUUCGGGAUCACAGGACUAUCUCCAGACGACGCAUGGCCGCUGUUGAAAGCAAGACUUUUGCAAAUUUUUGAGGGCGAGGACCCUCGGCCGCCGGUCGAGGAUUUCAAUGCUUUGGUCAGCGUACACAUCAAGCGAUGUAUACAAAAACGCUCUCCAAUCCUCCUCAUCGAAGAUCUAAACGAACUCCUAACUACCGGUUUCUCCUCCCUCGACCAAACCCUCCGCCACGUCUCCGACGACCGCCUGAUUCCCCAUCUCGUAGAGAUGUGGCUCGUCGUCUUCAGCACCAUUCUCCCCUUUUUGCAAGCCGUUUUUCUACCCCUAGAUCUCGAGUUCAAAGGCAAAGGGAUCAUGUCUUCGACAGCAGCCGCCGAUUUCUGGGGCGUGCUGUUACCCGAUGAAAUGAAUACCAAAUCGCCCGAAAACAAGAACAUCCCGAUCCUAGGCGAGCUGGAUGUCCGCAGAAUCACAUUGCUUACGUUCAGGGACACUGUCAUCCUCCCUCGAAACGACACCCUCAUGGCUUUAUUUUCCCGUCUGAGUCUCCAAAACCUAAACGCGGGUUUAGAAUCUCCGUCCCCUAUCCCCGCCGAAAGACCCGGUACUGCCGGCAGCUUGAACGACCCGGGCACGACCAUGGGCUCGCUGAACUCACUUGGCAGUUCUAGUGGCGGAUACCUCGAAUCCACAACCACCCUAACAUCUACUUCCUCCCGAUCCCGCGCUACGUCCAACACCUCCGCUGGCUCAUUCUCUGCAUUCUCAACCCACUCUAACCCCACCUCCCUCCACCCCCCUGCUGCGCUUCCCCCAGCUAUGCGCGCCCAGCCAAUGGAUUCCGCAAAAGUAACAGAGACAGUGGGUAGGAUGUUGCAAUGUGUUUGUGUGCUGGUGAGUUUGCAGUCGGCCGAUGAGGCGCAGGAAAAAAUGGGGAGGUUGGUGAGGGAGUUGAAGUAUAAUUGGCUUGGGAGGGGAAGGACGGGGAGGCAGAGACAGGGCUUUGUGGGUCCGAAGAGGGGAGGCGGGAUUUUGAAUUUAGGGGUUGUGGGGGAGAUGGGAGUUGCAGCAUAGGGCGGGUUUAAGAUAGGGGGAGGAUGUGUGAACUGUUGGUUGGCCUGUUUGGGUGACAUGGGUGUUUGUUCGGGUUUAGGUUUCGGCGCCAGGUUUCCUUGGAUCAAGGAAUAGGGACAGGUUCAGACUUGGACUCGACCUGGGUUAGGUUGCGCUUGGGCUCGGUUUGGGUUAGGCUUGGCUCGAAGCUAUUGGCGUUUCCUUGUUCACUUUGAUAUUUCGUACUUCACACCCACAGACAAACAGAAUGGGCAUAAAUGUAGCCAGUAUCUUGGCUCUGGCCCUGGCUUGAAUGCUUGGAUUCAUUCGCCUAAUCCAGUGCUGCAUAUUGUAUGGAUUCGAUUGAUAAAAUACAAUCCAUGCUUGUGGUCGAAUCAAUAUAUACAUAUGAAUGUAAAUGGAAUC